AUGAACAUCAAGAGGACCAAGACGUAUAACGUGCUUAUUUUAGUGGUACUCUGUGUGGCAGUUUAUAUAUUGGGACAUAGAUGGACUUCCUCCAGUGUAAGGACCCGAAGUCCUAGCAAACAUCAAAGAAAAAUCUUUCUUGACUGUGGAGCUAAUAUGGCAUCGUCAGUAAUGCUCUUCAGAGAAAUUUACCCUAACGGAAAGGAAUAUGAAAUAUAUUCCUUCGAAAUUGAUGACAGAUUAGGGCCAUACUUUGCUGCAUAUAAACAUCAAAGUGGCAUUAACGUUAAUAUUCCAUUGGGUGUUGCUGCCAAAAAUGGAGGAUUCACUGCCUACUUAGAAGGAGCCUGGUAUCCAGGAAAAGUGAACAACAAAAAGGACAUGCAAUGGGGUGGUGGCACCUUGUUCGUAAAAGAUGAAGAAAAAAAUGCAGAAGAUGGAGGAUAUCGAAAACUAUCCCAUCGUGUGACUGUGCCUACUGUUGACCUAUCUCAGUGGAUUCAGAAGAACACAAGAAAAGAAGAUUACGUAAUUCUUAAAUUGGAUGUUGAAGGCGCGGAAUUUGAAAUAAUCCAAAAAAUGUUGAAGGAUCAAACUUUUGAGUGGAUUGAUAAAUUUUACGGAGAAUACCACUCUUCACAGCCAACUGGAUUCGACCUGGAAGCAAGGAAAAAGAUAUAUAAACAAUUAAAAGAUAUAGGAGUAAAGCAAAUGACAUGGGCUGGAGAAGAAAAAUCAUUUUCCGAUUUUGAUGAAUUGUACAAGUUACAGGGAGAAGACAAUAUUCCUGGUGCAGUUGGCGAAAUAAACGACAAGUGUCCUACGAUGAAUGGAAAAACACUUGUCUCGAUUGUUCUCGAGAUCGGUAUGAAUCUAAAGACAGCAAGACUUCUUGUGGAAACAUUGAAAGCUUAUGCGAAAGACGUGCCACUGACUCUAUUUGUAUAUGGCGACUUUGUUGAAGAGCACCCAGAGCUAAUCAAGGAAUGGAGCUUACAUUACGAGAUUGGUAUUCGAGGAAGUAGUCCAAUGCCAAACGGACUAUGGGAAUUGCAGAACAACAAUCUCCUUCGUUUAUCCAUCGUGAGUGCCAUGACGAGACUUAUGGAGCUCAAACUGGUAGCAAAAUAUGUUCUACCAACUGGAUUUAGUGAAAACGUCAUUUCCGUUACUAAAGACAGAAAUCUUCGACCAAUCGAUUCAACUAUUCGUUUUCCACCUAAAGAUGAAAAUCUUCUGACAUACAGUUCAUACUUUGAGUACAGAGAUGUUGAGAGAAUACCGAAGGCAUUGGCUGUUAUCCACAAUGCACUGGCUGAUAAAGGAGGCAUUUUGAGUUUAGAUUCUGAUUUCCCGGAUAGCUAUAUCGUGUCAACGUUUCUAUUGGACUACCUAUAUAAAGUAUCAGAUCACACGAUAGUCAGUUUACGGCGAUGUCUUACAGAUAAUAUUAAUUCCUAA